AUGUCGGCCGCGAAGGAAUUUGAGCUUCCGUCGAUGCCGACUCUAUGCGUCGACGAGCACUGCGCCUUCGUCGCUCGCGCCUCUGAAUCCGCGGAUACGCUCGAGCACGCGCUCACCGAACAUCUUCGUUUGAGUGGAAUUUACUGGGGCGUGUGCGCCGUGUACACCCUGGGAAGGCUCGACCGGACGUUCGACCGAGCAAAGAAAGAAGAGAUCUUAUCGUACGUCGAUUCUUGUCGGAACGAAAACGGCUCGUACGGCGGUGGCGUCGGACACGACGGACACGUGCUGUACACGCUGAGCGCGGUGCAAAUUUACGCCCUGUUCGACGAGCUCAGUCGCAUCGACGUCGAGGCGGUGGUGGGUUUCCUAUCGUCGAUGCAGUUAUCGAACGGUUCAUUUCAAGGAGAUCACUGGGGUGAGAUCGAUACUCGUUUCACGUACUGUGCCCUGAGCGCGUUGCGGUUACUCGGAAGACUCGACGCCGUCGACGUGGACAAGGCGUGCGCGUACAUCAACUCAUGCAAGAAUUUUGACGGUGGCUUCGGGGCGGAGCCCGGCGGGGAGUCGCACGCGGGACAGGUGUUCACGUGCGUCGGUGCGCUCGCGAUCGGGGGCAGGUUAGAUUACGUCGACGGUGAUUUACUCGGUUGGUGGCUUGCGGAGAGGCAAGUCAAGGUUGGUGGGUUGAAUGGUCGCCCAGAGAAAUUACCGGACGUCUGCUACUCAUGGUGGGUGCUCAGCUCGCUCAGCGUUCUGGGUAAAACGCACUGGAUCGAUCGCGCGGCGUUGGCGCGGUUCAUACUGAAAUGUCAAGACGAGAAAUCUGGUGGAAUUUCUGACCGUCCGGACGAUGAGCCAGAUGUCUACCACACGUUUUUCGGCAUAGCCGGGUUGGCGCUCAUGGGUCACCCCGCGGUGGUGGAGCCCAUCGAUCCCGUUUUCGCGCUGCCGAAAUCGGUGCUUCGUCGCAUGGGGAUCGAGCUGUCGGGAACUGGAAAGGGCUAG